AUGUAUAAUGCGCAUCGAGGGAUGGCACAGCCUGCGCCUAAUCAGCGCCUGGAGGAAUGCUUAGUGGGCAUUAGAGAAGAGUUCGCAAAUGCAACAAGCAGUGCUGGUGAAAGUGAUCAGAGGAUGCAAGCCCAAUUGCAAGAGAUGGAAAUGGUUAGACAAAGGGUCUUUGAACUCGAGCGCAAUCAACAACUCAUCAAGCAGAAAUAUGAGGAAGACAUUGCGCGCUUACGUCACGAGCUCGAAGCGCGUGGUGGACCACCUUCGCACCUAGGAGUGAGUGGUCUACCCGGUCAUGGCACCGCCCAUGGAGGACCAGCACCUCCAAAUAUUGGUCACGGCCCAAGCAAUCUGUUUGGUGGAAUCAUGUCAAAUCAGAGCGGACAAGGCCAACCUGGUUUGGCGCCUUUGACCCAAGAUCAGCAGCAACAACAGCAGCAGCAGCAGCAGCAACAACAACAACAGCAGCAGCAGCAGCAGCAACAACAGCAGCAGCAGCAGCAGCAGCAGCAGCAGCAGCAGCAGCAGCAACAGCAGCAACAACAACAGCAACAGCAGCAGCAAGGUCCCCCACCACACCAGAUGCCCCAGCCACCACAGCCACUGCAGCAACAACAGGGGCCGUACCAGAGCAGCUAUCCCCACCAACCGCUAGUCAAUGGCUAUAAUUCUCAGAAUCAAUUGGCAUCUCCUGGGGCGGGCAAACCACCUCGCAAUACAAUCGGACCGCGCGGUCACGCAAGUACACCUCAACAGAACCAGCCUCUACCUUAUGGAGGUCUGUCCCCUCCUCCUAUGAGUCGUCCAAGUCCUCCUCCUGGCCCACAGUAUCCUAGCGUGGGCAACGUACUCGCAGAUCUGAAUCCCGACGAGCUGAGACCCGAUCAAAAGCGUGAGGGGCCGGACUGGUACGCAGUCUUCAACCCUGCUAUCCGACGACAAUUGGAUAUUGAUUUGGUCUGUAAUCUUGCCCACGAAAGUGUCGUUUGCUGCGUGAGGUUCAGUCAUGAUGGUACCAGAGUGGCGACCGGAUGCAAUCGAUCUGCGCAGAUCUUCGAUGUAGCGACUGGGAACAAGCUGACUACUUUGCAAGACGACACUGUCGAUAAAGAUGGUGAUCUUUACAUUCGGAGUGUAUGCUUCAGCCCUGAUGGUGCAUUUCUCGCGACCGGCGCAGAAGACAAACAAAUUCGAGUCUGGGAUAUUCAAAGCCGCACUAUCCGACACACAUUCGCUGGUCAUGAGCAAGACAUUUAUUCGCUGGAUUUCGCACGCAAUGGUCGCCUCAUCGCUUCAGGCAGCGGUGAUCACACUGUUCGGGUUUGGGACAUUCAGCGUGGCGGCGAAGUGCUCACCCUCACUAUUGAAGACGGCGUUACUACCGUGGCCAUUUCUCCUAGUGGAGAGUAUGUAGCCGCCGGCUCACUUGAUAAAAGUGUGCGAGUGUGGGAUAUCAAUACUGGCACUGUCAUGGGUAGACUUGAUGGACCCGACGGUCACACAGACAGCGUCUACAGCGUCGCAUUCUCACCCGAUGGUGAAUGUUUGGUAAGUGGAAGCUUGGACAAGACGAUUAAGAUGUGGCAAUUGGCACCUGACAACAGAGGCUUGGCUUCGCGAGGUGGUCGGUGCAUCAGAACGUUCGAGGGGCACAAGGACUUCGUGCUCUCCGUGGCUUUGACUCCGGACAACGAAUGGGUACUUAGCGGGUCCAAAGACCGAGGGGUACAGUUUUGGAACUCGAGAACCGGUGAUACCCAAUUAAUGCUACAAGGCCACAAGAAUUCUGUCAUCUCCGUUGCUCCAAGCCCAAUUGGUGAGCUGUUUGCCACUGGUAGUGGCGACAUGCGUGCAAGGAUUUGGAGCACCGCCGAUGUCGCCGCAAACAACCCUCGCUAUCGACGGAAGUCGAGCACUUUCGUUGAUGCCAUCCACGACAUGCCCGAGACUGGAGAGUUAGCCCCGGCGCAGCUCUACAGCACAGAAUCCGGACGUCUCUUCCAUUCUGGGAGGAUUGUGAUAGUCACGGUAGGCCUGCCUGCAAGAGGGAAGACCCACCUCAGCGUUGCGCUCGCGAGAUAUCUCAGAUGGCUUGGCGUGAAGACACAAGUCUUCCACCUUGGUGAUUACAGAAGAGCUCAUGUUGGGCCUGGCAAGGAUGUUCCUGAAGACUAUUUUCAUGUCAAUGCAAGUCCAACCUCGGUGCUCAUGAGGCAAAAAAUCCUGAAGAAGUGUCGGGACGACAUCUAUCAUUUCUUGAACAAUGAGAAUGGUCAGGUCGCUAUAUACGAUGCUGUCAACCCCCUAGCGGCUGGGAGACGGAGUCUAGCUAAGGAGUUCUCGAAACAUGAGGCUCAGACGCUUUUCAUUGAAAGUGCAUGCGAUGAUGAGAGGAUCAUUGAGGAAAACGUGAGAAGCGUCAAGAUAUCUAGCCCUGAUUAUGUGGGGUGGGAUGAGGAUGAAGCGGUCAAGCAUUACCUAGCCAGAAUGAAAGCGAAAAUACCUCAUUUUGAGACUAUGGAUGAAUCUGAAUUGAAUUACAUCAAAAUGAUAAAUGCAGGGGAACGAAUCUCCGUGAACAAUUGCAGCUUCGGGUAUGUAAGCCAUCGCAUCGUAUUUUACCUCCUCAACCUGCACAUCAAGUCGAGGCACACAUAUUUUGCUCGCGCAGGCACGUCGAAUGAGGAAGACUCUUACAAGGUCGACGCAUGUUUGUCGCAACAAGGAUUAGAUUAUGCGAAGAAGAUGAGUGAGACAUUGCUCGCUCAUCGUGAGACGGAACGGCAAGCUUUGAUCGACAACGGAGGCCCAGACAUACCACUCAAACCACUUACUGUUUGGGCAUCGACGAGGCGAAGAACCGUAGAAACGAGCCAAUUUUUGUUUGAAAAAGGGUAUCGAGUGCGACAAAGGAGUCAGCUUAGCCAACUGAACCCAGGUGUUUGCGAGAAAAAAAGUGAAAGACGAAUCAGGAUUGAGUACCCUGAGGAAGUAGCAAAGCACGGGCAAGAUCCUUACCAUCACCGUUAUCCAAGGGCAGAGUCUUACCAUGAUCUUGCUGUUCGACUAGAACCAAUCAUUCUCGAACUCGAGCGAGAACAGAAUGAUCUCUUGAUUAUUGCACAUGAAAGUGUUUUACGGGUUCUAUACGGCUAUCUUAUGGCCUGCAAUGCCACAGACAUACCUUCGCUCUCUUUCCCCAGGGAUGAGAUCAUCGAAAUCAUCCCGGCGUCCUACAACAACGAAGCCUCUCGUAUCAAGGUGCCGGAUCAACCACAAGAACUUAUCCCACCGUCACCGGAGGAUAUCAGAAUCCCCGUUCCUCCAAGCGGAUCUAUCACGCCCAUGAAGCUUGACACGCCACCAAAAUCGGGAGUCAAUUCUCCACGUGUGAACAUCGGUUCAUCCUCAAACGGGAGUCUAACGCCGCUCGAGUCGGGAGUAGGCCAGCAUUUGCUGGUGGAAAGGGUGAAGAGGAAUUAG